GCCGCAGCCGCAGCCAUGCGCCCGCUUAUCCGAACCGCGCGCUGCUGCCUCCUUCGCGCGCGUGUUCGCGCCAUGGCCACGCUUCCCAUGGCGCCCCCCGCCGCCGCCGCGGCCGCCGCCAUCUCUUCCUCCUCUUCCACCCGCCCCAUCUUCUCCUCAUCACGGCCCAACCGCAUCCUCCUCGCCCGCUUCUUCCCCGCCGCGCUGGCGCCGGCCGGGGCGAGGGGGCUCCGGACGUCCGUGGCCGCGGCGGCUGCGGCCGUCGAGGUGGGCGGCGUCAAGAUCGCGCGCGACGAUGUUGUGAAGGAGGAUGACCCAACAAACAAUGUGCCAGACAGUAUCUUUUCGAAGAUUGGCCUGCAGCUGCACAGAAGGGACAACCACCCUCUAGGGAUUCUGAAGAACACUAUUUAUGAUUACUUUGACAAGAACUUUGCCGGGCAGUUUGACAAGUUUGAUGAUCUUUGCCCUCUUGUCUCUGUCAAGCAGAACUUUGAUGACGUGUUGGUCCCUGCUGACCAUGUAAGCCGGAGUUACAAUGACACAUACUAUGUUGAUAGUCAAACUGUCUUGAGAUGUCAUACCAGUGCUCAUCAAGCAGAGCUUCUAAGGGAUGGACAUACACAUUUUCUUGUAACUGGGGAUGUUUAUCGUAGAGAUUCUAUUGAUUCAACUCACUAUCCUGUCUUCCAUCAGAUGGAAGGCUUCCGUGUCUUUUCUCCAGAUGACUGGUCAGGUUCUGGCAUGGAUGGGACAGCAUAUGCAGCUGCAGACCUCAAGAAAACGCUGGAAGGCCUGGCAAGACAUCUUUUUGGUGCUGUUGAGAUGCGAUGGGUUGACACUUACUUUCCAUUCACCAACCCAUCCUUUGAGCUUGAAAUAUAUUUUCAGGAUGAUUGGUUGGAAGUUUUGGGAUGUGGAGUCACCGAGCAGGAAAUUUUGAAAAGAAAUGGCAGGACAGACCAUGUGGCAUGGGCCUUUGGACUGGGCUUAGAACGCCUCGCAAUGGUCCUUUUUGACAUUCCAGAUAUACGACUCUUCUGGUCAAAUGAUAAACGGUUCACAUCCCAGUUCUCAGAAGGCAAGCUUGGUGUCAAGUUCAAGCCAUUUUCAAAGUUUCCACCAUGUUACAAGGAUAUGAGUUUCUGGAUCAAUGAUGCAUUCACGGAGAACAACUUAUGUGAAGUUGUCAGAGGAAUUGCUGGAGAUCUUGUAGAGGAGGUAAAGCUCAUUGAUAAUUUCACCAACAAGAAAGGCAUGACAAGUCAUUGCUACAGAAUAGCCUAUAGGUCAAUGGAACGUUCACUCACAGAUGAGGAGAUUAACAGCCUGCAGUUGAAUGUCAGGGAAACUGUGAAAAAUAAAUUGAAUGUCGAGUUGAGAUAGAAGGGCGCCAGUUCAGAUGUUAUACCAAGAACUAAUUUUUCCCUGUCUUUAUUUGUAAAUCCAUUGAAAAUGUAAUUUUCUUUUUAUCUAUGGAGAAAAUGGACCAUUUGGUUCUGUAUUGAUCACGUUUUCAACGCUGUCAAGGGUAGAGAAAAAAGUCCCUGCUCGAAUUGUAGCUUGCAGACACAAUGAUUAAGAAGCAUUGUACAAUGCUCUCAGUUUUUUUUCGCCGAUAGUUUACAAUAAGAUGGCUAUUAUGUUUGGAGUAGU